GCUGAAUUUUCUGGUGACCUUAACAAUACAUGUACGCGGUGGAGAAAAUUUAAACAAGUAAUGUGUAGAAAAUACGCAGAGCGAGGAACGAAGUUCCAUAAACCACAUGCUCCAUUUUUACUUCGACUUCAUCUCUCUAGAUGUAAGGUCUCUAACAAUGUGCUGUAUGAGAUCGCUGGAUCCUGUCCUAAUUUACGCCAUCUAAAGGUCAAAUGGUGCUGUGGUUUAUCAUAUAGAGUUAUUAGUAAGAUUGCACAAAUUU